CGCCAUGACGCACCGUGUGCGUCAAACACGGAUGUAAACACUCCUCGGUUCACGUGGAGGGAAAACCGUUCUCUUAAAAUAUCGAUUGGGCAACCGAAAACAUACGAUGGCACCGAUGCUGGAGCGUUUUGUCAGCCCGGGAAAAGGUAACGGUCUACGGACGACAACCAGGAUCAAGAGAGGAGAGCUGGUGUACUCUGCCGAGCCGCUAGCGUGCUGUGUGUCCAACAAACUGGCCAGAGAUGUCUGCCACCACUGCUUCACACGACCUGAAACCUUGUUGCGGUGUUCCCAGUGCAAGAUGGCUCGCUACUGCAAUAUCAAUUGCCAGAAACAAGCAUGGCUUAGCCACAAGAGAGAGUGCAAAUGUCUGCAAAGCCUCCUACCCAGAAUUCCCACUGACUCAGUCCGUCUGGCUGCGAGACUCAUCUUUGCCUUGUUAAGUCCAUCUAAGAGCAGGAGUGAGGAGUUCUACACUUUGGAGGAGCAUGAAUCACACCUAAAUUCCAUGUCUGAGCAGAAGAAACAAGGUCUGUCUCAGCUGGCAUCCAUGUUAGAACUGUACCUACGACAGGAAGUACCUGACCUGGCACAGGAAGUACUGCCACCUUCUUGCCGAGAACCCCUAAGCCUUCUUGCAAAGGUGACAUGUAAUUGUUUCACCAUCAGUGACGGAGAGCUGCAAGAGAUUGGAGUUGGGCUGUAUCCUAGUUUAUCUCUGCUAAACCAUGACUGUAGGCCAAACUGUGUGAUGGUGUUUGUGGGAACAAAACUGCAGCUCAGAGCUGUUCAAGAUAUCAACCCCGAAGAUGAGCUUACUAUAAGUUACAUUGAGACUUUGUCAUUGACGGAAGAUCGACAGAGACAGCUGGAAGACCAGUACCAUUUUACAUGCCACUGCCAGCAUUGCAACUCUCAAGACAAAGACGGACUCAUGCUGUCAGGGAAAGAAUCGACAUGGCGCCCACUGAAGGAGGCUCUACCCAGACUUGAAGGACUGAAAGCAGAGUUGGAUUGGCAAGCACUAUUACAGGGUUGUAGUCGUCUAUUAUCGACUGUCGGCAGUGAUGUGCCCAAUCAAAAUCUUUACAAACUCCAAAUGACAGACAUGGCUCUAGAUGCUUGCAUUCACCUGGGACACUGGGAGGAGGCUGCGGAAUAUGGGGAGAAAACACUUCAAGUCUACAGCCAAUACUACCCUGAUCCCCAUCCGGUCCAUGGGGUCCAGCUGAUGAGAGUUGGAAAGCUGCAACAUUACCUGGAACGUAUUGAGGACGCUUUGGACACAUUCAAACAGGCCUAUCAGGUCAUAAAGUCCACCCACGGUGACCAUCACCCCAUGACCACCGAUCUGUUGAUGAGGAUGGAGGAAUGUCGUACCGAGAUGGUUCAACAGUCAUCCAGCAAGCAAUGAGACACGAGCGCAAAGAAAAAAAAAACUUCUACUGGACUCAACACUGUACAUUUUACUUUCCUUUUCAUACAGUAUUUAGUUUUAUUUGACAAAAUUCAAGUACAGUAGUAAAAAAAUACUAGCGUAGCAGACAUCAUCAGGGAUAACGCGUCAAAAUCCAGGACUUAUUUCUGUCAUGGUCCCUGAUGUUCCUGUCAAACCUUGCCACAACAAGACGGAGACACACAACCACAACACAUCCCAACACAACCUUACCAGUCCCUUGAUAUUUUAGUGUAUCAAUCAACCCCAAUAAUCAGAUUUUGGAGAAAUUAGAGAAACAGAAGGUAGAGAAAUAUACAUUUUGCCUACUGUGUUUAUACUUACAUCUGAUGAAUGUAUGGAAUUGAAAUCAGUAUAUUCACCGACUGAUUUUUCUUUUUCUAGCAGGAUUGUCUUGCUUUCAAUUUAAUUGAGCAUUUUGUAAAAAUGGAUUAUAUUAGUUAAGAUUUGUUACACCCAGUUAAACAAGAUAAACGUCUACAGCCACACUAGUGGCUCUGUGAGGCGGUACCUACUAUAGACACAGUAGUGCUUUGAACUGUAAGCUAGUUUAGCAUGCUAAUAUUUGCUUAUUAGCUCUAAACGGAAAGUAAAUCUGAGGCUGAUGGGAAUGUCUGUUUUUUGAAAUUUUGCAGGUCAUUAACUUUAGUAUAGGAUUGGAGUAUUAUGAUCCUGGCACAGUAACUGGAGUGUUGUCUACUUGAUCCACUAAAAAUCCCUCUAAAGGAAUAAUUUAACAUUUUGUACUUGCUGAUAUUUGCAUUCUUUUUUAAGAGUGAGAUUAAUAUGAAUAUCAUAUUUGUGCAUGGCUACAGAGCUAGAGCUGGGAAGUAAUUAGCCAAGCUUAGCAUGCUGUAAAGACUGGAAGUUUGGAAAGCAGCCUGGCUUUGUCCACAGUUAAAAAUAUGCCUACUAAUUAACACAAUGUAUUAUUUUUUUAUUCUGCACCUAAAGAUACAUAGAAAUAUUCCUAUUUUUCUCCGUUCAGUUUAUU